AUGGCCCAGGAAACAUCCUCGACGCCGGCAACUUCGAAUACCUCUGCCUCUGCCACCACCGCCACCACCACGACCACUUCCACUUCUGAAAGGGCUUGCGACAGGUGCAGAGAGCGACGGGUCAAGGUGAGCAGCACUUGCCGGGGCAUAUCGCCAGCAUUGCUUAUGCUGUAUCCAGUGCGACAAACGUCAGCCUUCAUGCUUGCGCUGCGAGAAGCUGGGCAAACCAUGUCCUGGCUAUGACAAGAAACGAAAGUUCGUCGACGAAGGUGUUGGUCUGCGAAAGAAGUAUCAGUCUUCUGCCGAAGCGCCACAUGGUAGCGAACAGGGCAUCUUUAGCAACGCGAGUUCGGAUCGUCCAUAUCCCCACAGCGGAUAUCCCCAUGGCGGUGGAGAUGGAUCACUGAACGGUUUGGUGCCGAUCCGCGACACGGGUUCCGUUGCUGGAACUUCUACUAGUCCCGCUCUGCCACAAGCAUCUACGGCGUCUACUGGAGCACCGACUCUGCCUCAGGCCCCCAACCUGCUUCCUCCGAAUGCAUUCAACACCUUUCACCAUUCUCCGCUUGCUCUCGACCAGAAACCCACCAUUCAAGAUGAUGCCUUCUUACAAACGGCUCCACCGUCGAUUGAUCCAGCAACGCAGGCCCUUUUGCUCGCAGAUCCGCCUCUGCAACUACCCUUGUCCGAUACCGAUCCGAUGCUUGAUGAGGUGUGGAAGAACCAAACCUUCGAUCCGCAGUUUUUCGACUUACAGCCUGACUUGUAUUACUCCGAGGCAGGCAACACCUGCGGCUUUAUCCCAAACAUACCGGAGAUUGUGGAUGAGGUCGACCAAAGUGACAUACUUCUGAACAACUCCGCCUCUGCAACACCAUUAUCCACUGGCUUGGGCUCUACUGGCCUCUUCUCCGCAGAAGACAGCAAUGUGUGGGCGCCCGAGUCACAACUCAAGACCAGCGCUCAAAUAACACAUGAGCGGGAUCAUGAGAUGGCUUAUCUAAUACGACACUUCACAGACACGCUAGGUCCUUGGUAAGGCUUCUGCCUCUUUUGGACAGGGCAUGUUGUACUAACUCAAUCUAGGAUGGACCUCUUCGACAAAGACAGACACUUCACUCACCUUGUUCCACUCAAAGCACUCAGAGAUGCCUUGUUAAGAAACGCCAUCGCAGCUGUAGCAGCCAAGCAACUCGGAAGGACCAGAGGACAGAAGCCCUUUGCGGGCCGGCAGUGCCAAAAACCGUCAGCCAUGGAGGUUCUAGACGAAGAUGUAGAGGUCGACUGGUUUUACAAAGCAGCCAACUACUACGACAAAGCCAUAGCUUUCUCACGCCAGUACCUCCAAGCGGUUUCUGGAGAAGUCACAGCUGGCGCCUCACCCGGUAUGCAAUCUUCUCUGGCCACAGCGAACUCGGAUGAUCUCCUGGUUGCAGUCUCGAUCUUCUCCCUGUACGAAUCAUUGGACAACCUAGAUAGUGGCUGGUUGCAGUAAGUACCCGCUUGUCUCAUAAUGGCAGAAGCACGCUGCUAAUCGCGCCCUAGACAUUUGAUAGGACUCAAAUCAUUACUGACCGCAGUCUGCCCUCUCAAGCCAACGCCUGAUCAAUCAGCGUGUUCUCUGACCGGUGGAUGCAUGGCUUCAUUCUGGAACUUUGCUCGAGCCGACUAUCAAGCGGCGUAUAUCAACCAUCAGCGAACCCUGCUCGACACCGACGAUAUCGGGAUGUGGAACAGCUGUGGCCUGGAAAUACAGCUUGAUGGGUCUUUGUACAACUCUUCGGAAUCAGUGAAGAACGAUCCGUCUCACAGUCGUGCUCUUGCCGAGCUCGUCGCACACACUUUGCUCUGGCUCGUUCUGCGGGUGAUGAACUACCUGGCGAGCGAAGAGAGCGCGAAAGCCAAACAAGCUCAAUGGGAUCAACUUACAUUACAACUCGAUCACUGGUACGGUAACUUACCGGCAACAUACCAACCCGUCGCGCAAAUUCGACAUCCGCUCGCACCGCGAACGAACAACGGCACUACACCGCAAUUGAUAGAAUCCUUCUUCAGCAUCGACGUCUGCGCCGCCGCACUUCAACUGUACCAUUUCGCUCGCAUAUUACUUCUCCUCCACCGGCCCGUGGACAGCAGUGCUUGGGGCAACCGUCUCAAGCAAUACCGCGAGGUCUCCAACGAGGCCAUCAGACAUGCGCAUGAGAUCAUUGGCAUUGCACUGGGACGACCCCAGCUUGCUAUCCGCGUUGAGAUGCUCUUACCUCUUGCUACUGCCGGCGCCUGUCUGGAAGAAAACGAAGAAAGGAAAGUUGUUCUGGAAUUGCUGAGGGCUAUUGAGAAGGAUACGGGAUGUUCAACGGAGUUUAGGUGUAAGGAACUGGUGCAAGAAUGGGGUUGGACGGCGGAACCGCAGGGUAUUGCAUAG